UCUCAUUAAGGUUUCAGCAUUAGUUAUAGGGUAAUCAGGAGAGAGAAAAUAUGUGCGACAGAUCGAAUAUCAUAGAGGGAUUACCUCCAAUUAUUCCCUUGCCAGAGGUCUCUUUUGGUGAAGUUAUUCACCAAAGUUUUUUGCAACAUGAAGACGAGGAUGUAGCUUUGUAUGAUGGAUACUCUAAGAGGAAGGUGACUUACUAUGAGCUCAUUAGGCAGACUUGUUCACUAGCAGAAGCUCUGCGCAUCAAUAGAUAUGAUGAAAAUUCUGUUAUUGCCAUCUGCAGUCAAAACAAUCUGCAAUAUUUUUUCCCAAUUAUAUCAGCCAUGUACAUCGGAGCAACAGUAGCUUUAGUUAAUUUCGAUUACACAGUCGAAGAACUUGAGGGUAGCUUGGGCAUUUCCAAACCAAAAGUUGUCUUUUGCUCCGAAGCCUUAGUUGAAAAGUUCUACGAGUUAAAGAAGAAAUUGAUAUUUAUCGAAAAAAUCAUCGUUAUUGACUCGGGUGAUAGUACUGCUAAAGCUGUAUGUUUAAGAGAUUUUAUAGAAGAAAGUUUGGAUGGGGCUUGGACCUCCACUAUAGCUACAACGCCAGUGGACAUAAGGGAACAUGUAGCGUUUAUUAUGAACUCUUCCGGUACAACUGGAUUGCCUAAAGGUGUUAUGUUGACCCAUAAUAAUAUGAACACCUUAUAUGCACACUUCAAAGAUCCUAGAAUACAUGACCAAGAGAGUGUUACCUUGUGCGUAGCUCCAUUUUUUCACGCCUAUGGAUUAUGUACCACUAUAACAGGCUUGAUGAUUUAUGGUUCCGUGGUCGUUUUCAAGGAAUUCGAGGUCCAAACAUUCUUGAAGGCUGUCGAAACCUAUAAAAUCAAGAGGUUGUUCGUGGUACCACCAUUGGUAGUUUUUCUAUCAAAAAGCGAAUUGGUGGAAGAAUAUAACUUAUCUUCCAUCAAGGAAAUAAUAUCUGCUGCUGCACCUUUGAAGGAAUCAACAGAAAGAGAGAUCAAGAAGAGGCUGAAUUUGAAUCUGAUAAGACAAGCGUACGGACUGACCGAAACGACUUUCGCUGUAGUGUACAGUGGCAGGGAAGAGGAAAAAUGGAAACCAGGUUCUUCAGGAAAAGUUACCCCUUACAUGAAAUUUGCCAUUAGGGAUAUAGACACCGGCGAGUUUUUGGGUCCAUAUGAAAGUGGAGAAGUGUGCAUAAAGGGGGAGAUGGUGAUGAAAGGUUACUACAACAACCCAGAAGCUACAAAACAUACUUUCACCGAUGAUGGCUGGUUCUUGACAGGAGACGUUGGAUAUUACGACAACGAGUACAAUUUUUAUAUAACUGACCGUAUAAAGGAGUUGAUCAAGUUUAACGGAUUUCAGGUCCCACCAGCAGAACUGGAAGCUUUACUGUUAUCUCACACAGAAAUUCGGGACUGUGGAGUUGUUGGACUGCCAGACGAAAGAUCUGGUGAACUACCUGUUGCAUUCGUAGUUCGAAAAGAUGGAUCUUCAUUGAAGGAAAUCGAAGUACAAGAUUUUGUAAGAAGACGAAUAUCCCAAAACAAAUGGUUGAGAGGAGGUGUUAUAUUCGUUGAUGAAAUACCGAAAACAGCUAGUGGGAAAAUUUUGAGAAGAAAACUCAGAAUUCUGGCGCAAGAAGUUUUAAUGGGAAAAAAGUAAUUCAUUCGUUGUAAGAACUAUUAAAAAUACAAGCGUGUACAUUAUUCAUCGGAAAACAUUCUCGAAUAACUAAGUAUAAGCAAUUUUAUGUU